GUUUUUUACAUUCAUGUCUUCACGCGCCUUACGUCGAUUACAAAAAGAACAACUUGCUUUGGCUGAACAUCAAAGUAGUGAUGAAGAAUCCGAUGACUAUGAACCUCCUUCCAAAGCGAAGAAUCUAUUUGACUUGUUGAAUGAAGGCGAUGAAGCGGAACAGCAAGAAGAAGAAGAAGAGGAAGAAGAAGCUAGUUUGAACAUCCAAUCACAAUCUAGUCCAAACAAGACGAAUAUAAACAAUAAGAGCAAGAAGAACAAGAAGAAAAAGAAACAGAACAAAACCAACAAAAAGCAAGAUGUUUCCGAGAUGUCUUUGGAAGAAUUGAAUGAUAUGUUGGACACUCUUAAAACGACUGACUCACAAGCAACGGAAGCCACUAACGAAGAAACCGAACUCCAACAUCAAGAUCCUGAAGCUUCUCUCACUCCCACCACUCGUCAGCUUAUUUCAGUCCAUUACCGUUACUUGGAUCCUGAUGCUGAAAUGAAACGUAUGUUUGGUUCUCGUGUUGUCAAUCGUGAAACAAGACUAUCUGGAAGACUUUUGAAGAAAACAAAAUUAGUAACUGCCAAAAUAGAUUGGCCAAUUUAUAAAAAAUAUGGAAUGACAAUGGAAACUCUGGGUGUAGCCAAACAUGGAACAACUUCUUUUGCUUUCCAACAUCAAGAAAUAUAUCAAGAUCUUCAAUUGGAUUAUCUCAAUGCUAUUGCUCAACAUGAACCCGAAGGAUUAUUCAGACUUCUCAGUCAAUAUCAUUAUCAUGUGGACAGUAUGAUACAAAUCUCUGAUAUCGCAAAACAACAUGGCGAUUGGGCUGCUGCAGGGGAUUGCAUAGAUCGCGCAUUAUAUGCUUGUGAACGAGCAUUCCAUCCUCUUUUUACAUUUGGUUCAGGUACUGUUCGAUUACCCUAUCAACGGUCUGAAAAUCGAUCCUUCUUUAUUGCAGUGGUACGACAUAUUGAAUUCUUGACUCGUCGUGGAUGUUGGCGAACUGCUUUUGAAUUCAACAAGCUUUUAUUCAGUCUCUCACCAUUUGAGGAUCCUACGGGUGCCCUGCUUACUAUGGACUAUUACGCUCUAUCUGCACGUGAAUACCAAUAUGUGUUGGACUUUGGCAAACAUUGGAAAUCUGAUGGUCAAAAUUAUCCCAAGGAUGUUUCAUUCUUACCCAACUUUGCAUUUUCUAUGGCUUAUGCGAAAUUCAAGUUGCAUCAACAAAACAACAAGGAUGAAAAUAAUGAUCAAGUAGACAAGGAUGAUGAUCUUGAUGGAUCCAAAUUGUUACGUAUUGCCAUCUCAAGAUUCCCUGGAUUUGUACUUAGACUUAUGGAAGAAACGGGUAUAUCGGAUCCCAUUGUUGAUCAACAGUUAUCCUUUUUCACUCAAACAACUACAGAUGAUUACUUGACAUUAUUAUUAACUAUGUAUGUGGAUCGUAUCAAAGACCUGUGGAAAGAACCAGAGGUCCUUAAUUGGUUGCAAGUUAAUAUAUCUCAUGUGUUAAAGGACAACAGUUAUCACAAUGGAGCAUUGACAAGUAUUCCUCGAGAAAACAGCAGCAACGAAGACGCCUUACCAAUGAAUGUAUGCCGACAUGUACUGUUACAGGAUCGACGUGAAUGGUUAUCUCUUCUUCCUAGGUCGGUGACAGAUGAAACGUACUAUGCCAGCGAUCCCUUACCACCACCGGAUUCCGUCACUGGUUAUGAUCUGGACGAACGAAUGCGAGUACGCAGAAACAACCCAAGAGAUACUUCACAAGGAGGUUUGUUGGCCAUGCUUCAAGCAUUAGUCGCUGGAGGACAAUUGGCACCUGGGAAUCAACAAAGAAUACGGGAAGUCAUGAAUCAAAUAAGAGGUCGAUCGGGUCGUGAUCAAAUCCCUGGUGCUUUUCCUGGACAAGACGAACAAGAAGCAUCUCCUGCUGUCAUGGUGGAAGAUCCAAUGGACGGUUCUACUGCUCCUCCUCCUAGUCAUGAAGAUACUGAAUAUACUGAAGAAGAAUGGCAUCAAAUUCAAGAUGUGAUUGAACGACAUGAAGAACGAUCAGUGGAUAAUGAAGAUAUAGAUGACCUGGUUGAUGAAGAAGAUGUAGAAUUACAGCAAGCAUUAGCAAUGUCAACACAACAACUUCAAGAAGACAUGGAAAGAAGAUCACAACAUCAAGAAUGAUCCUUCUGAAUAUCUAUUUUUGUAUUAGUAGUCUAUUUCAUUCAUUCAAAUAAAACAAUAGUAGAUCUUUUUUUU